AUGAGAAUAACUAUCGUAUUUCUAUACUCUGUCAUAUUGUCUUUAGCUUAAGAAGACUUUCCAGGAGAAUCUUCUCCAUUGUAAGUGGAGGUAUAAAUAUUUGGAAAUUCUGAACAAACAAAAAUAAAAGAUGAGGAAGCUGGAAUAUUUUAAUUUGAUGAUUUUAAAAGAGGAACAGGAUCAUUGAAUUAAUUCUUCAUUAAAGAUUUACUAGAAACUAUUUCAGCUGCUUUUGAGAGCAUAGCAGAUGAUAAAGACGAUGCUACUUUUUUGUAAGAAGCUUAGAAAUUGCCAUCUUAAUCCGAUGGAUUAGAACCUAUCUAAGUUGAAAGUCCUAUUUUUGGAUUUUUUAAUCCAUUCAUUUCCAUAUUUUAACCAUCAGAAAUCUCAGAUUUUGUAGAAAUAGAAACAAUCUCAAUUAAUGGAUAAAAACAAACAAAAGUCACUAAAACUCAAACUAGAAAUGGUAUAACAACCACAACAACAGAAAUAACAAGGGAAAAUACUUAAAAUACAAAUAGUAAUUAACUUUCAGAUGAAUUUUUAUUAUAAGAAAAUCCAGUAAUGGAAGAAGGAGAGAAAUUUAUAGAAUCUGAAGAAGAAAUAUUAGGAGAUAAUGUAAAUCAAAUCAAUUUAGGUAUGAAAUAACAUAAUUUAGAUGAAUUGGAAUCAAUUUAAGAUUUUCAUUUAGUUUAAGAUAAUUAUGUUAAGAAUGAAUAAGUCAUGAAUAUUGAAGAAAAAUAAGUUUAACAGCUACCUUUAGGAUUAACCAUAUUUGGUGGUUUUAUUCUGACUUUAUUUAUUGGGUAUUCGAUAAAGAAAUUUGUAUUUAAAAAUAAUUAGUGA